AUGGCCGCCGCAGAGAGCGGAGAGGAGAGACUGAGAGGUGAGGGAAAGAACGAGGACCAGGAGGGCUCUAAAGACAAGACGCAGAAGCAGAAGAAAGGAAAGAGAGAACGACAGGAUGUGGAGAGGGUGGAGGCCACCGUCUCAGUACCUCCGCCUGUGCCCCUCCAGACACACAAGGAUGAGGGACAGCCGGCGGAAGCGGGGAAGUCGGAGCCCCUGGACCCCGAGGCAGGCGUGGCCCUCAGCGGCUCUGAAGCCUCCGCCUCGGCCAAACAGCGCCGCUCCAUCAUUCGGGACAGAGGGCCGCUGUACGACGACCCCUCGUUGCCGCAGGGGUGGACGCGCAAACUCAAACAGCGCAAAUCGGGCAGGUCGGCCGGCAAAUACGACGUCUACCUGAUCAACCCAGAAGGGAAAGCCUUCCGUUCCAAAGUGGAGCUUAUGGCAUACUUCCAAAAGGUCGGAGAUACCACCACCGACCCCAAUGACUUUGACUUUACAGUAACGGGGAGAGGUAGCCCCUCCCGCCGCGAGAAGAGACCACCAAAGAAACCCAAGGUAGUCAAACCUUCCGGUAGAGGGAGAGGCCGCCCUAAAGGAAGUGGUAAAGUGCGACAGACAACAGAGGGGGUGGCAGUAAAACGCGUGGUAGAAAAAAGCCCAGGGAAACUCCUGGUCAAGAUGCCGUUUGUAGCCCCUAAGGUGGAAGUAGGGGCACCCUCUGGGCAAGUCCCAGUUGCCAAAAUGAGGCCAGGGCGUAAAAGAAAGUCAGAGCAAGAACCUCAGAGCGCCCCCAAAAAACGCGGUCGCAAGCCAGCAGCCGCAUCGCAGGCCGCGGCAGGGACGGGCUCCAGUGCGGCCUACGCGGCCGCGGCCAUACUGACUGCAGAGGCCAAGAAGAAGGCUCAGAAAGAAUCUUCCGCAAAGCCAGUGCAGGAGAAGGCGUUGCCCAUUAAGAAACGCAAGACACGAGAGACCAUGGAGGCGGAGGGUUCCGCCGUGGCCGUCACCGGACCCGGCGGCGGGACGGGAACGGCGAAAAGAGCGGCGGCGGCGGCGGCGGUGGCCACGGGGACGCACCCCGGAGAGGAGGCGGAGCUCGGACAGAGGCUUUCCAAGCACCCAGGGAGGAAGCACAAGGAGGAUCCGGGGAACGGCAGCGCGAGCGGCAGCGGCGGCGGUGGCGGCAGUGGCGGCCUUCCCAAGAGCCACAAGAAGAGAGAACGGGGACAGCACCUCAAACAGCUUCAUCACCACCAUCAACCACAACUGCAGCACGUACAGGUGAUGGAGACCUCCUCGUACAGCCAACAGGCACAUCAACUCUCUCUCGGCCACUCCACGCAAGGCGGGCCCCCGGCGCCCACGCAGAACGAGCCUCAGGACUUGAGCACGACCAGGCCCAGACAAGAGCCGGUGACACACAGAGAGGAGGCCAGACCCGACAGCUGCCCAAACAGAGAGAUGGCCCCUAAGACUCAAGCCAUCGCUGCUGAGCUGAAAAGCCAGCAGCAAGUGAGUGAGACAGGGGAGGGGAAGGAGCUGAGAGACAUUGUACCCCCCUCAGCCGUGCCCAGACCGAGCCGGGAGGAGACGGUUGAGUCCAGGACACCAGUGAGUGAAAGAGUGAGCUGACUGGGUUAGCAGCAGCAGCAGCAGCAGCAGUAGUAGUGUGUUUGGAGGAU